AGAUGGCGCAGGCGCCGGUGCUGCGGAUCCAGAGCGACUGGGACCAGGUCUUGAGGAGAAAUGAGGAGGAGGUUUGGUUGAGCUGCCGGAGUCCAGGGAAACCAACUUUAUAUGGAACUCUGACCUGCCACGGUCUGAGCCCAGACGGGAUUCCUGAAAUUGUAGCCUCCGAAGGAUUUGAAGCCAGUGCAGUAACUAAGAAAUGUCUGCUCAUUUCCUGCUCACGGGAAAACACCUCUACCAAAGUUCUGGCACCCUACACUGCCUUCUGCAGGAUCCAUCAGAAAAGCAUCACCUGUCUCGACAUUUCCAGCGGAGGUGGGCUCGGAGUAUCCACCAGCGCUGACGGCACGAUGAAAAUUUGGCAAGCCGCUAACGGGGAGGUUAGAAGGAUUUUGGAAGGUCACGUCUACGAUGUGAAUUGUUGUCGAUUUUUCCCGUCGGGCAUCGUGGUGCUGAGCGGAGGGAUGGACGCCAGGCUGAAGAUCUGGUCUGCAGAAAGCGGCAGCUGCGUCGCAACGUUCCAAGGACACAAAGCAGGAAUCCUGGACACAGCCAUUGUGGAGAGGGGCAGGAACGUGGUCUCCAGCUCACGGGACGGCACAGCGCGACUUUGGGAUUGCGGGCGGUUGACUUGCCUGGGCGUUAUAGCCGAUUGCGGCUCUCCGGUCAAUGGGAUCGCUCUGAAUGCCACAGACAACUCGUUAAACUUGGGAUCCCCCGGAGAGCUUCCCAGUGAGCGCGAAGUUGGCACGGAAGGGAAGCUCUUGCUGUUGGCUCGGGAGGACAAAAAACUGCAAGGCGUGGGGUUACAAAGCAGGCAGCCGAUUUUUCUUUUUAUCGGUUCGGAUGCUUUCAACUGUUGCACCUUCCUCUCCAACACGUAUCUGCUGGGAGGGACGCAGGAUGGGACCAUAUACCAGCUGGAUGUGAGAAACACCAAAGCUCCCGUUCGAGUGAUCCAGCGAUCAGGAGCCCCAGUCCUUUCCCUGAUGCCUUAUAAAGACGGGUUUAUUGCCAGCCAAGGUGAUGGAACUUGUUUCAUUAUGCAACAAGACCUCGAUCACGUUCUUGAGCUGACCGGACCCGACUGUGAUCCUGUGUACAAGGUAGCCACGUGGGGAAAAGAAAUCUACACUUGCUGCCGAGACGGGAUCCUGAGGCGAUACCAGCUUUCCGAUCUCUGAUCCGCCUGGAAAUUUCCACCACGGACUGCAAAUCCUGGAUUUAGUUCUGCGAUUCCUUUCAGCGGCCGUUUUGAAAGGCGCCAA